AUGCUGUCCCACAGCAAACCGUCGUACGAUAUGGCCUCCACGGACACCAAGAAACGCAAGCCCAAACCGUACAAGAGCAAGGCACUGAUGAUGGAACACCUGGGUUUUGGGUGCGAGCAAUCGUUCGACGACUGGCGCGCGGGUGAUCUAGUGAAGCCCCACUGGGAAAGAUUCAGGAAAAGCUUCUUGGACUCGCCUUACUUCAAACCCGACAAAAAACAUGCAGAGUUCAAGCGUGUGUACUUUGAAAUCAUCGACGGCGAGAAGGGUGGCGCGAUGACCUUCUCCUCCUCCACCGACCGUCAAUACUAUACCGACUUGGAUUGGCACGCGUGGCUCUUGUAUUGGCUUGUCAAAGACAACACGUACAGUAGGGAUGGUAUCUUUCGUUACACGGGGCUUGACAGAUUGGAAACAUACCGAUGCAUGGUGGACUUCAUCACCUUCGAAAAGCGACAGCACGCACUGGACAGGGACAAAGGCGCUGCCACAUCAUCAAAGACCGCACCAUCCUCGCCCAAUAAGCCAGAUCCUGACGAAGCCACCUCCUCUGAGUCUGAGAUCGAGGAACACCAUCGCCUCUAUCCCGACUAA